AUGGUCUCUUUCUCAGUAAUUAACAGUCUGCUGUCUCGACGUGCGGUUAAAUAUUCCUCUUCAAUCGUACUUCGACGCCCAUAUUGGUUAUCGUCUAAAUUAUAUUAUUCUAUACAAGUCGAAAAUCGAGUUCAAGAUAAGCUAGUAUCGGUAAAGUGGGAUGAUGGUAAAAUUACAGAUUAUCCUCAUGUUUAUCUUCGCGAUAAUUGUCGAUGUCCGUCUUGUUUCGAUCCUCAAGCGCAACAACGUAUCAUCUCGAAUCCUAUCUAUCAUAACUACGCUAAUGCAACAGUUCGCAUCUGUGAUAAGGGUGAAAGGCUACAAAUUGAUUGGUAUGAGGAUGAAAAGCAUCCUUAUUCUGAAUUUAAAUUAGAUUGGCUCAGGAAAUAUCGCUUCUCGACGGAAGAAGAUGAAAUGGUAGCUAGCAAUAUCUACCAUCGUGAUCGGCAAAUAUGGGGUAGCGAGAUGCUAAAUAAGAUACCCCGAUACGAUUUCUAUGCAUUAUUGCAAGAUAAAUUGGAAUUAUAUCGAUGGUUACGCUCUCUAAUUAAGAUUGGAAUUACUAUCCUUGACAAUGUACCCGAAAAGCCAGGUCAAAUGCAUAAACUUGCCGAUCGAGUUUCGUUUCUAAAAUUAACCACAUACGGGCCCACAUUUCAAGUUGAAAGUAGAUCUGUUGCUAGUAAUGUCGCAUUUACCAACGCUGGUCUGGCAAUGCAUACCGAUCUUGCAUUUAUAACCUAUGUUCCUGGAGUACAAAUGCUGCAUUGCAUCUCAAAGGCCGGUCAAGGCGGUGAAAGUCGAUUUGUUGACGGCUUUCGAGCUGCUACUCAAUUAAAGGAAAAAUAUCCUGAAGCAUUCAAUCUACUAGUUAAAUAUCCAAUCCGAUACUAUGAUGUCGGAAAGGAUUAUAUUACUUUUAAUCAGUUGACACAACAUCCAAUUAUCAGAUUACAUGAUAAUGGAGAGCUAAAGCAAAUCGUUUAUGCUGACCAUCCACGAAGUCCGUUAAUGGGUGUUCCACAGAAUAAAGUCAUCGAUCUUUACGAUGCUAUGAGUAAAUUUUUAGAAUGUGUUUAUGAUCCAUCCAAUAUGAUAUAUACCUUGUUGGAAUCGGGCAGCAUGAUGGUUCUUGAUAAUUUUAGAGUGAUGCAUGGAAGAGCCUCUUAUGAAGUCAAACCAGGAAGUUGUCGGCACUUGGAAGGUGGUUACCUUGACUGGGACGAGGUCACAUCACGUAUGCGUGUCCUUGAACGAGAACUCAACAUUGAUUACACUUCAGCAAUAGUUUAA